AUGGCACCAUUUUGUACGAAUCGCAUUUAUGCCGCGGCUUUGGAGCGGAAAUGCGCUCGAACUUGUUCUUACUGUAACGACCAGUGCUCGGACCGGUUUGUAAAGUAAGUUUUUGCGGGUUUUUUGAAUAUUUUACAUUUUUUUAAAUUUAAAAAUUUUUUCAUUUUUUAUUGUGAACUACCCCUACCCCUACCCCUACCCCUACCUCUACCCCUACUCAUACCUCUAUAUCCAUACCAUACCGUACCUAUCCACGCCCUGCCGUAGCCUUGCCCCACUCACUAUAGCCGUGCCCCACUUUGACCCUACUUUUACUAUAGCUAUUCCCUACCAUAGCCAUGUUCUACCGGUCCUUACCUACCAUACCCUUGCCCUACCGUACCCUUACCAAAGCCGUGCCCUACCGUAUUCUUUUCUUUGAUGUACAUUACUGUAGCCAUCAUACCUCACGCACCUUCUAAUCCUAUCCCUACCGUACCUUACUCUAGCACUUAUAAUCACUACUGUACCUAUAUACCAUAUAUCGUCUUUAGUCCUAUCAUAGGCAAAACAAUUUUAAAAAAUAUGUCAUCAUGACAUUUUUUUCAGUUGCCCAAUCUGGAAGUUGAAUGGUUUCUGUCAGUUGAACUUUUACACGAGAUUCUUUAUGAGAUUGUACUGCCCGAGGUCGUGUAAUUAUUGUAAUCCGAAGCAAAAUGAUCCGCCUGAUUCUACAGUAGACCCAGAGACUGAUAGACCUGUAGUGAUGACUACUACGGUAGAUAGUAGUCCAAUGCCUAUGACUAUGCCAACGACAACGGUAUUAGGUACUGCGACGGCACCUACUACUACGGUGGACAUGAAUACAAUACCCACGACUACGGUAGAUACGACUACAGUAUCCACGACUACCGUAGAUACGACUACGGUACUUAUUACUAUCGUAGAUACGACAACAAUACCCACGAUUACGGGAGAUGUGACUACAGUAGCCACGACAACGGUAGAUACGACUACGGUUCCUACUACUACGAUAGACAUGACUACAGUACUAACGGCUACGGUAGAUACGACUACAGUACCGACGACUACUGCUGAUACAACUACGGUAGAUACAACUACAAUACCCACCACUACAGUACUUACGACUACAGUACCAACGACUACGGUAGAUAUGACGACAGUACCUACGACUACAGUAGAUACGACUACAGUACCGACGACUAUUGUUGGUACGACUACAGUACCCACGACUACGGGAGAUGUGACUACAACUAUGGCGAUGCCAACGACAACGGUAGUAGAUACGACAACGGCACCUACGACUACGAUAGAUACGACUACAGUACCCCCGACUACGGUAGAUACGACUACAGUACCUCCGACUACAGUACCUAAAACUACAGUAGAUACGACAACGGCACCUACGACUACAGUACCCCCGACUACGGUAGGUACAACUACAGUACCCACGACUACAGUACCGGCGACUACAGUAGACAUGACUACAACUAUGGAGCUGCCAACGACAACGGUAGUAGAUACGACAACGGCACCUACGACUACGGUAGGUACGACUCCAGUACCCACAACUACGGUAGAUACGACUACAGUACCCCCGACUACGGUAGAUACGACUAUUGUACCUACGACUACGGUAGGUACGACUCCAGUACCCACAACUACGGUAGAUACGACUACAGUACCCCCGACUACAGUAGAUACGACUACUGUACCUACGACUACGGUAGGUACGACUCCAGUACUAGAUACGACUACAGUACCCCCGACUACGGUAGAUACGACUACCGUACCUACAACUACAGUACCGACGACUACUGUAGAUACAACUACGGUAGAUAUGACUACAGUACCAACUACUACUACUAUCCUUGUUACUACUACUGUACCUAUUACUACUACAGUACUUACUACAACUACCGUACCUACCACUACUACGGUCGGGACAACGACGAUACCUACUACGACAAUUGUUGA